UGCCACGUGCGGAUGUGACUGGAAUGAUUGCUUGCUGUGAAGCAUCCAGCAACUUUGUUUCUUGAACUCAUGAGCAGCGUCCUCAGGAAUAAAUUGCCGCCGCCACCUCCCGAUGAUUUUGACCAACCACUGACACCUCCGCGAACUCCAUCCAAGUCUUCGGAUUCUCCUACUUUACGACCUACUCAUCCAGGUUCACUGCCUAAUUAUGAGCCUUCAUCCGUACCUUUGACACCAACUACUCCAUUGUCCCCAAAUACGCCAUUCGAGGGAGCGAAGCCUAAAAAGACCAAUCCUUUGAACGAUCUCAUUGACACGGAAAGGGCAUAUGUUGAUCAGUUGACGGCUAUAAUACGGAAAGUUGCUGCAGCAUGGUCCAGGUCCAAUCUUCCACCUUCGGAGCUAGAUUCAAUGUUUCGAAGUAUAGAGACAGUUUACAAGGCCAAUCGUUCAUUACUUACAAAGCUCAAGGAGAUUGGAACAAAUCCCUCUUCUCCCAAGGCCUUAGGCGAUUUACUCAUGCGAUGGAUUGACGACCUCGAAGCUCCAUACUCCACGUAUUGCUCAAAAUUUUUGUCGGGCUUUGAUAUGUGGGACCCAGUCCAGUCCAAUCCAAAACUUGGGUCCAUACUUGCGAAUAUGUCAUCAUCAAGUGCUCUGUCUACGGGCAACGAAGUAUGGACUCUUGACACGCUUUUCCUUUUACCAAAAGCUCGUUUAAAAUACUACAAGAAACUCUAUGGUCGAUUGCUCAAGAGCACUGCCCCUGGAAGAAGCGAUUACAAGCUUCUUGUUGGUGCAGUCGACAAGCUCGAAAGGCUACUUGAAACGUUAGAACAGCGAGAAAGCAUACGAGUAGGAUACCCUGACGAUUCACCCGCUCCACAAUAUGCUGCCCAUGAACUCGAGGACGAGGUUGUGCUCGACAUGCGUACCGAAUCUGGCCCCCCCGUCUUGCCUCAUAGAAUAAGUGAGGUCGAAGUUACUCCUGGCAGCGGAAGUGAUUCGACGAGGGAUAGUGGAGUAUCUGCAGGAGACCGGAUGUCUCGAGAAACAGUGUCUACAACUACGAGCCAUAGUUCUACAGCUACGUUGUCCAUGCCAAUCGCGGAUUUAGAACGUCGGCUUUCCACAGCGCGUUGCAUAGAUAUUUUUACCAUGACCCAUAAGGUUGUCAAACUGCAGAUGUCACCUCCUUCACUGACAUAUACACGGGAGAUGCGAUGCUCGUUGGAUCUGGUCAUCCGCGUUACUCCUCGAGUCACUGGUCAAGAAAUUGUGCACAGACGCGGGCAUAUCUUCCUCUUAUCCGACUUAUUCCUUGUUUGCGAGCGCAUGUCUCUCGAGGAGCGCGCAACUUCGGGAUCAAACGGACCUGAUAUGUGGCUUUGUUAUCCUCCCCUGACCGGUAAGGUUUUACGCGCUUCGGAAGUACCUGGAUCAGACACGGAAAUGCAGGUUCACAUCAUGAGGAAAGAGACCCUUACAUUAUGCUUAGAAACACGUCAAGAACGAGACGCCGCGAUGAAAGAUUUCAGGGAAUGCAUUGAAUUUGCAAGCUCAGUUGGUCCAGUUUCAAAGCAAGCUCCUCCCCCUGUGCCCCCACUUCCGGUCAUGGGUGGACUUCCACGGUCGCCGGUCCCGAUUGCUUCGCCAAGUGGACAUUCACAAGCUAGUUCUCCGCCUAUAAGUCGAACUUCCUCACCUCCAUCGCAACCGUCCCCAGGAAUGGAAUCAAUAGCCUCCCGUACAUCAUCGUUCAACCAACAAUCUCCACGGUCUUCGGAGAGUGGAUCCCUCAGCGAUCAGUUUUCGAGGAUGGGUAUGUCCAAUGUGGCUUCACCUCCAUCAGCACCAAAACGGCUCCCGUCGUUCCAUGACCAACGGCCUACGUCAGCAAAUAGCGGUUCUGUUGGUAUUGGGCAAGUGUUCCCGGUUUCCCGCAAUCCUAGCCUCGGUUCACAGCACCAGGCGUACCCUCCAUAUGGCCCUGGCCCUGGUCGUGGUGCUCCCGGCCCUCCGCCUCCUCCUAUGAAAGGUCCUAUGCAGCAUCCAUAUCCUGGAGGUCCUGCACGUAAUAUGGCCGCUCCUUCUAUGCAAGGUGGUCCACCAUUCGAUCAUCCACAACCUCGCGCACCUUUCAUGGACGGUUUGCCCCCGCGACCUCCGUCUGAACCACCCAUGCAGGCCAACCCACCUGGCCGGCGAUCUCCGUCCACUCGUUCUCUUUCGGCGCAACAGGACCACCCUCGUUAUAACAACAUGCCUCCUAAUGGCUAUCCUCCGAAUAACAUGAAUGUCAACGACACCAUGACAAGACAGCAGUCCUUUGGAACUCCACUUCAUGCACCCCAGCCCCGGCCCCUGAUGCCAUCAGCAACGUUCAAUCGGGCCCUCGCUGAGACAUCCUUUGCUGAUCCCAGUCCCCCGAAUUCUCCAGUAGCCGAAAGCUCCUCGCUUCCUACCGGGCCUGUCACAUCAUCCAUAACGGCUACCUUCAAAUGUAAAGUUUUUUUGAAGCAACAGCAUGCCCAGUGGAAAUCGCUUGGUACCGCUAAGCUCAAAUUGUAUAAAGAGAGCCCGACAAACGUGAAGCAGCUUGUAGUCGAGGCCGAUGACAAAAAUAACACCGUCUUGAUUUCGACGAUCGUCUUAACGGAUGGUGUUGAGAGGGUAGGGAAAACUGGUGUGGCGGUCGAGUUGAGCGAUAGAGGUGCUCGGACGGGUAUCGUUUAUAUGAUUCAGCUGCGGAAUGAGAAGUCGGCAGGGGGGCUGUUCGAUAGUUUAUUGGAUGGUUCAGACAGGGCGCGGUAGAUGUGUGGGGAUGAUUUUUUUUGUUUCUUUGUGUCUUUUCUGGGUAUGUGCAUAGAUCUGGGGCCGCAUCAGUUGACUUGAAGAAGUAUUAAUAUUAUCUCGGAACACCGCAGCGUCGAUACAUUUUCCCCUUCCACUUAUUUUGUUUUUUUUUUACCUACCAUGGACAGUCGCUCAUUACAAGCAUCCUAAUUCCUAAAUUCUUUACAUGUCUCUCGCUACAAUCGCUGCGCU